UCUGCACGUUAAAGUAUUGGCAAAAUUGAAACAUUUUUUCAAACCACUGCUUGUACUUGUGAUACCAGAUAAUUAACGUUAAUCCUUCUUCAGUGAAAUUCGCUUCUCUAUCAUAUAUUUUUUAAAUUGAAAUGAUUUCAAGAGGAAAGCAUAAUACGAUCAGAUGAACGUUCAACCUGUCACUGAAUGGAUAAGAGGUCCCUUAAAACAUCCACGUGCCUUCGUCCGGGCUUGAUUUGAUGCCCCGUGUCGCCACUCGGUGUAUUGAGUUAGGAAAGCAGGAGUUUUGUUCAAAGGAAUUGAGAUCCAUGUGCCUUCUACAAUGAACUGUUCAGACGCCAAAAAAGAAAUUCUACGUGUAAUAUCCCAGGUAGAGCCUCGUGAGUUACCCAAGUUAAUCGACUGGAUGAAAAACUCAGACGACUUGGAUGACUAUUUAAUCGACAAUCAAAAAGUGAUACUUGAAAAUAUUGCAGAAGACCUCAGAACCUGUUUGCCACUAGAGGCUAUGUUUUCCUCAGAGAGACUGGCUAUUCAAAUGACUCAGCAGAAUCCCAAGCCUACUAUUCAUGUUGAUGCAUUCCUAUAUGAUGAUGAAGCAGUGGAUUUGCUCUGUGAGGAGGGCAAGAUGAGUAGAAACUACUGCCUCAGCUGUGGCUCCCAAACGACAGCUCCUCUUGAAUUUAUAUCCCACUCCUUCUCCAUUUUGGAGCUCCAGUUUCUGUUCCAGCAUGUUCUCCCAGACCUAACUGGGAAAAUAGUGGUGGAUGUGGGCUCAAGGCUCGGAGCUGUACUCUAUGGGGGGUAUAUGUACAGCUCAGCUUCGAGGCUUGUGGGAGUGGAGAUCAGUGCGGAGUUUGUUCAGCUCCAGUCUAUGGCAGUGGAAAAGUAUGGAUUCAGCGAUAGAAUUCAGGUUAUCCAUGCAGAUAUCUGCACUCAGGCCGCACUCCUCCAAGAAGCUGAUGUGCUCAUUAUGAACAAUGUGUUUGAAUACUUCUUGGACCUCAAUGGGCAAAUGUUAGCAUGGCAAUACAUUUGUCAGAAUUUUCGCAAGAAAAAUAGUCUGUUGGUGACUGUUCCAAGUAUUCAGGAAGCUUUCACUAAACUCAAGGGAAAUGAUUGCGUGGUCGAUAUUUGCCAGUAUUUUGAGGAAGUUACUGUCAAUAUUGAUGCUUACCUCAGCAAAGACAGCGAUGCAGAUUCAUUCAAGCAAAUCCACCUCUAUAGGGUGCUUUGACAUUUAUCAUCUUGCCACUAGACUCACUUCCUUUCUCACACACACACACACACACACACACAUACACAGAAGACUCGAAUGACUCAAAAGUGUCUUGACAUUUUUUAAAUUGUGAUUGUAAAUGGGAAAUACACAUUGAUAACAUUAUGAAUAUGAUAUUAUGGCCAUAAAUACCACAUGGUAUGUUUGUAACUGAAAUUGUAUUGAUCCUUUACUAUGACCCAAAAUCUUUAAUAUGUUUAUUCCACAAUCUAUACUGUCCUGUAUUGCUUUCAAUGCUUUUUAUGUGUAUGUUAAGUUGCAAUACUGAAAGACAAGACAAGAAUAUGAUUUUGUCUGUUUCUGGUCUUUUGUACUUUUUUGAACAGUGUCAAGCUACAAACAAUAGCACUCCACAUAAAUCUACUCUCUUAAAAGUAUAUGAUUGGUUAGGUUUUCACCUCUUUUGCCCUACACACUGGGUUCAAUGCUGCUGUAUGCAUAUAUUUCCCCUUUACAUUGGUUUGCACCAACGUACCACAACAAAUUCCUCGUAGGUGAAAACCUACUUGGCAGUAAAAACCUUUCUGAUUCU